AUGAGUCUGAUGGAAAACCUUACUCCGUUGCUUGUUGGGCUUAUUGUCCUCAGCUUAGCAAUAUGCGGCCAAUUCUUUCGAAGAAAUGCUACCAGUGGCCUCCCACCAGGGCCAAAACCGCUUCCUCUGUUUGGAAAUAUAAGAGAUCUUCCUGCCCAAGGAAUACCAGAGUACCAGCAUUGGAUCAAGUUCAAAGAUAUGUACGGCCCAAUCAGCUCAGUAUCCAUUCUUGGCCAGCAAAUGAUUCUGUUGCACGACAAGAAGGCAGCGCAUGAUCUGUUAGAGCAGAAAUCUCUCAAGACCUCUCUCAGACCCUCUUCAUUUUUUGCAAAUCAAUGUGGCUUUGGGAAUUUCUUGCCCUUCCGGCAGUACGACGAAACAUAUCGAUGGCACCGCAAGUUACUUCACCAGCAAAUUGGUACCAAAGUCAUGUCGGCCCGAUUCAAUGAGGUUCAAGAUUUGGAAUCGCGACGUUUGCUUCUGAGGGUUCUAAAGAAACCAGAAGAUUUAACAAAUCACUUUAAGACUGAAGCUAGUGCUAUUGUCUUGAAAAUCACGUACGGUUAUGCAAUUGAACCACGAACCCAUGAUCCAUUGGUCUCCUUGGUCGAGCGUAUGAUGGAUAAUAUGUCACUUGCGCUUGUGCCCUUGGCUUGGAUAGUAGAUAUUCUUCCAAUCUUGAACCACCUACCAGAAGGAUUUCCAGGCACCUCCUUUAAAACUCAAGCUCGAGAAUGGAACCAAGUCAACCAGACGGUGACAGAUGCACCCUUUAAAUUCGUGCGGAGACAACUUGCGGCUGGAACGCACCGGACGUCCUAUGUGUCACAACUGAUUGAGAAGUAUGGAACCGGCAAGCAUGGCGAGCUUGAAUUAUCGCUUGAGCAGGAAAACGCUAUCAAACAGACGGCAGCCAUUCUGUACGGCGGCGGAGCGGAUACAACUGUCUCGACACUAUGCAGCUUUGUCCUUGCGAUGGUAAUGUUUCCAGAUGUUCAACAAAAGGCUCAGGAAGAAAUCGACAAGGUGAUUGGCGAUGAAAGGCUACCGGACUUUUCUGACCGACAUCAACUUCCAUACGUCAAUGCAUUGGUGAGCGAGACGCUCCGCUGGCUUCCGGUAACACCGGUUGGUACACCCCAUGUGACGGACGAUGAAAUAGUGUACAAUGGUUUUAGCAUCCCAAAAGGAACAUAUUUAGUCCCGGCAAUCUGGUGGUUUUUGCAUGACCCCGAGACGUACGCAAACCCAAGUGAUUUCGACCCUGACAGAUAUUUGGAACCUCGAAAUGAGCCAGAGCCUACAACAGAAUCAUUUGGCUAUGGCCGAAGAAUAUGUCCUGGGAGAUACCUUGCGAUGGAGAGCCUCUUCAUCACAGUGUCGCGGAUCUUGGCCGCUUUCCAUAUAAGCAAAGCUAUUGAUGCAGAUGGUGAAGAGGUGGAAGCGACUCUCCAGCCUACGGCUGGGCUGAUCUGCCACCCUAAGCCCUUCCCGUACAUAAUUGUGCCAAGAACAGAAAAACAUGCAGAGCUCAUUCUAUCUGUGGAGAGAGAACAUCCAUGGGAAACAAGUGAUGCAGAGUCCCUCAAGCUCUAA